CAUAGCACAACUUGUCUCGUAUCUACAAUGUCUGUUUCUCUCGAUGAUAUCUGGUCUGAGCCACUGGUGAACCCGCCUUCGCCUCCACCGGCGGGCUCGGGCACUGGGGUCGUCAAUGAGGAUGGAGACGAUGAUGAUGAGGACGUGUUUCGACCCAAAAAACGCCGACGAUCUACUUUGUUUCUCGGUGAAUCUGACGACGAAGAUGGUCGUGCUGGGAUGGGAUCCCCUUCUCAUACGAAUCAAGCUCGGCCAGAUAUCGACUCACUCUUUAAUGAUCUUGAAGACCCUGAGGCACCAAGACAAUCCAAAUCGUCAAAACCUUUCGACCUUGCAGCACUUCGACGGGAUGCUCAAGCGAGAGCAGAGCAAGAGGCACCUCAAAGCUCAUAUGCUCAGUAUGCUGUGCAAUCCAGUUCGCCUCCGCGCGACGGGUUCGGUGCUGGGGACAAGGAUGGAGCGUUCGGAUCGAGGACCGCCGACGAAGCCGGCGCCACGAAGAAACGUCAGGUCCCAAAGCUAAAUGAGGACAGGCUAUUGGACAAGAAUGGACUGCCAGCGCUCGUCCAAGUGUGCAAAGACUUUAAGCCGAAGGGCAAGGGUCAUGAGCUUGCAGACUUGAAUCGCUUAUUCUCGUUGUAUCAAUUCUGGGCACAUAAAAUGUAUCCGAAAACUCAGUUCAGCGAUACUGUUAAUCGCGUCGAGAAGCUAUGUCAUUCUAAACGCAUGCAUUCAGCUCUUCUUGGUUGGCGGGAUCAAAUCAAUGGGACUAUCAAUGGCAAGAAAUUUUCACAAGAUGAGGAUAUCGACAUGAAUUCGGACAAUGGAGAGAAUAGCGACGACGAACGCCGACGAGAGCGUGAUACAGAUGAC